AUGAGUAAUGUCAAGAGUAACCGAGAACUGUGCCAGCAUUAUGCUGCCACAGCCCCCACGCUGCUGGCUCACAUCUCCAAACUCCUCACACACUGCCGGAAAGAGUGCAUUGCUGUACCAAAGGGCAUCAGAAACAUUUUCCAGGUCACUUGGAAUGAUCUCAUCAAAACCCUUGAGGUACCUACCCCAUCCAAAAUCCUGGGCCUGGAAGUCAGCCUUGGGUCCCCCUCUGUGGUACUUGCAGAACCAACACCUGUGCAGGCUCCCAUCCACAAGAAGCUGCCAACGCACGCAGUGCCACUGAUACUGCCAGUGGUCACCAGGACAGUCAAGCCCUCCGUCUCCUCUCCCAGGCCACCCUGUCCUAUGUCCACCAUCCAGGAGACUCUGGACAAGUUUCAGCGGCAGUCCAUCCACCUACUGACAGAGCUCCUCACUCUGAAGAUGAAGGUCAUGGUGGAGUCUGCAUCUGUUGGUGCCAAUCCUCUGGACAUCUCUAGACGCUUCGUGGAGGCCAGUCAGCUACUCCAUCUCAAUGCCAAGGAGAUGGCCUUUAAUUUCCUGAUUGGCACAGUCGGGAGAAGUGGCUACAAUGGAGGACAGACGGGCAAAGAUUCCCCUGUGAACUACUCUGCCAUAGGAGUGAACUCUCCCUACCAGCUGACUUACCAGCCUUCCACAGCCUGUCUGAGCUUUUGCCUCUCAACUGGAAAGGAAGCCAAGAAGAAAAUAGCUACAGGCAAGUCUAAAGCUUUACAAGAUGUCUUUACAUCACUUCCUCAAGGAGUAGCAGCAUCUCCUGACGUGGAGUUCAGGGACCCUUGCCCAGAGGCCAGGGAAAAACUGAAGAAAUUAUGUCGCGACAUAGAAGCUGAACGGGCCUCCUGGAAAGGGAGGAAUAUCUCCUACCCCAUGAUUGUCCGCAACUACGGGACAAAGAUACCCUCUCAGCCAGGGUCGACCCCCAAAUUGGACUCACAGGUCCCGAAUUCCCAUCACCUUCAGGCCUCCGGUGCUCACACCGCCAGUCCUGCCCCUCACCAGCCUUCCACCCACCGUGCUCAAUGCAGACGAAAUCCUCAAAAGCAGAAGGUGCCCAAGAAGCCCAUUAAGUUGCAUUACACCUUCUACGACGGGUCCUCCUUCGUGUAUUACCCCUCUGGAAACAUCGCUGUGUGUCAGAUUCCUAUAUGCUGCAGAGACAGAAACAUCACCUACCUCUAUAAUGACGUACCUCAUUCCUUCCUGGCCCUGUUCAUUGCAGACAGCCAGAGCUAUGUUCACUACAAUGCAAAGACCCGAUGCCCAUAUGUCUUGGUCUUGGAUGAAGAAGGUGGGACCACCACUGACCCCAAGGGCUACGUAGUACACAAGUGGAGCUGGACUUCCAAGACAGAGACUUUGCUCUCCCUGGAAUAUAUGGUGAAUGAGCAAUUGAAGCUAACAAUCCUGGGGAAGGACUGCAUUACUGUCACCUUCACCUCCCUGAAUGAGACAGUAACACUCACUGUGUCAGCCAAAAACUGUCCGCACAGGCCACUGCACAACAAAUGGCCAACCCACAGAAUCAGUAUCAUGGAUGACAAGAUGUCUAAGAUAAGCCGAGCCCUAACUGAGCUGAAGAAGCGAUUUCAAAAGACGACGAUUCUGUUCACAAAUUCCAUCUUGCUGGCAGCAGGUCUGCUCACCAUAGACUAUCCCCCUGCAAGGAAAGAGGCAGAAUGUGGUCAAUCCAGGUUGGGAUCUGGAUAUUUGCCUGGGCAGGAUCCCAAGCUAGCUUUAUAUGUAGCAAAAAUCGUUUCACCGCUUCAGUCAGCUCAACGAGAAUAUUCAGUGGGAGAAUCUUUGAAGGAGAAGCCUGAGCAUAUUCCUGUGAGCUGCACUAGGAAGAAAACCAUCAAAAUUCAGACCAAAGUCAUGGCCACGGCCAGAGGGAAGACCAAGGAGGUGCGCACUUCCACCAGGUGGGUGGUCUCGCCCUCGGACUGCCCGCUGGUGCUGCGGAAGCUCCUGCGCAAAGAAGAUGCCCGGGCUGGCUGCAAGUGCAUAGCAAAGGUGCCCCUGGUGUCUGACUUGGAGCUGGAGCGAUUCCUGUCUGUGCCCCGAGACCCCAGCCAAGUACUAGUGAUUGGGAUCCUCUCAAACCAGAACCCCAGCAGCACAGCACAGCUCAAAUGGCUUCUGGACACACUGUACAGACAUCAGCAGCGGGGCCGUGCCUCACCCUGUCUCCAGUGCCGGCAUGACCCCUACCGCCUGCUACAGUAUGACCUGGACAGCCCCCUGCAGAAGGUCCCGCCCCUGCUGGUGAAGAAGCAUGCUGUGGUACAGGGCAUGGUUUUGAUGUUUUCUGGGGGGAAGCUCCUCUUCGGGGGCCGUGUGUUCAAUGGAUAUGGCCUGAGCAAGCAGAAUCUGCUCAAACAGAUCACCCGCACACAGCAGGAUGGCAAGAUGGGCUACUUCCUCCCAGACAACUACAAAUUCAGGAUGAAACAGCUUGAUGUGGCAUUACAUCCUAUCAGCAAACUCAGAAGAGGCAGUAAGAAGUGGAACCUGUAGAAGAAAUAGACCUGCAAGAAGUGAUGCCAGCGCUGGUGACCGCCAAUGCCCUCCUCCCCUGCGCCCAGCCCAGCCCCAGCUCCCCAG